AUGGCCGGACGUAAUGACCUUGCUAUUGCAAACGCGUUGAACAAUAUUGCCCAGGCCUUUGGGAAUAUUCAGGGUAAUGCGGAGGAAGAGAGGCUGGAUAGAUUUUUGAAGAAUAACCCUCCCACGUUCAAAGGGAUGUAUGAUCCUGAGGGUGCACAGGAUUGGCUUCAGGAGAUUGAAAGAAUAUUCAGGGCUAUGGCGUCGACAGACUCACAGAGGGUGACAUUGGCAACCCAUAUGUUGAAGGGGGAGGCUGACCGCUGGUGGGGCAACGCGCGACAGAGAAUGGAAGCGGCAGGCAUCCUAAUCACUUGGGCCGGGUUCAAAGGGGCCUUAUUGGAAAAGUACUUCCCUGCUGAUGUUUAG